AAUAGCGAAAGUAAGAGAAAUGCCGCGGAUGUGUUUCUUGUCUUUGCUGUUAUGAUAACGCGGGGAGCAUGGCAGCACGACACCUGGAUGACAGGACAGACAGAGCAGAGAGCACCGUCAACAUGGAGGAUUUUUUCACAACGGUGGGGGAGGUGAGAGGCCUCAUAGAAAAAAUCUCCUGUCAAGCAGAGGAGGUGGAGAGGAGACAUGGCACCAUUCUCUCCACUUCAAACCAAGACAAGAGAAACAAAGACGAGCUGGAGCGUCUGAACAGUGAGACCAAGAAGAACGCCAACUUGGUUCGAGCUAAAUUAAAAUCUAUGCAGAAGGACUUUCCUGUGGAUGAGAACAGUGAAGGCGCUUCAGUAAUCCAGCGGAUUCAGAAGAACCAGCACUCCCAUCUGACUCGGUGGUUUGCUGAAGUCAUGCAGGGAUACCACAAGGCGCAAAUGUCCUUCAGAGAGAAAUGCAAAGCGCAAAUUCAGAGACAGCUCGAGAUUGUGGAUAAAGUGACUACAGAUGAAGAGCUGGAGGAGAUGCUGCACCGUGACAAUCUUGCCAUCUUUAUAUCUGAUAUCAGCUCUGACACUCGGAUGUCAAGCCAGGCUCUGAGUGAGAUUGAAUGUCGUCAUCGGGACAUCCUCUGCCUGGAGUCCAGCGUCAAAGAGCUGCACGAGAUAUUUGCUGACACGGCCAUGCUGCUGGAGAUUCAGGGGGAGUUGAUAAACAACAUAGAGAAGAAUGUGACGAGUGCUGCAGAGUAUGUAGACAAGUCUAAGGCAGAAACCUAUAAAGCAGUCACGUACAAGAAGAACCCAUACAAGGUAGCAUCUCUGCCGAGCUUCUUGAAGCCCUUCAAGAGGAAAACUGCUGCUAACACUGCUGCUGAUCAAAACACCUCCGACUUAAACCACGACUGAGCUCCUGAACCUGUUUGAACAUUGACUGCACCAAACAUCCUGAUCAACAUCAAAGCCUGGGCUCAACGGAGCCCGCUUUUCAUCUGAUUCAUGGUACAGUGCCUGUCUGCCUCCUCAAAGGCCCUCUUUCUAACGGGUAAUGAGGAAGCUGUAUUUUUAACUGAAAUGGUGAAUUUGAAUUUGAACUGAUUAUAAUGACCUGUCAAUGAUAAUGACCUGUCAAAUGAAAGUGACAAGAUGCUGUGGACGAGCCUUGAAAGUGAAGGACAAAUGCUGCAUACAACCUCAAAAGGUUUUUAUUGUCAGUCAGUUGUCAGUCAGUGUUUACAGACUCCAGGUCCUGAGAUUUAGGGUUUCAAAUGUGGCCAAACUGCUUCAUUUCCAUCACAACAGUUUAACACACAGUUUUAGACACAAACCACCUUCUGGUUUGAUUUGUUCAUUAACACACACACUCACAGUUAACUGAUGUGCCCUUCAUUGGCCAGUAGGUGGCAUGACAGCAUUAGCUAGAAGUCUGAGCCAGGAUCUUUUGCCCUCCUUCCCCUCUGCAGUCCUGCUGAACCUGUGUGAUACUGCAAGUUUUUAAUAAUAUAAUGGCUUUCAUGUUUACUAAUACUCAGAAAAAAUGUGUAUUGUCUUAGGAUAAACUAAGUCCAUGUCAAUCCUGAAAUAAACCUAA